GCAACUAAUUUUUUUUUUUCAAAUUAAAAAAUUCAAAGAAUUACUCGGACCGAAGACCUCUUCAAUGGGUCGUCUCCUUCCUCAGCAGUGGACUAACGCCCCACAAUCCGAACUCAGUUUCAGUAAAACGUCACGAAACUCCAGCCAUCGUCUGACCAGGAACCGAUGGCUGCCUACCCCUAUAAAAUGGACCCGCAAUCGGCGGCGGAAAAGGCGGUUUCGGUGAUCGGGUUCGGGUACGACUUGUCCAACGAUAUCAGGCUAUCGGCUUGCAGGCCGGGCCAUUCGGGGUCGAGAUUGAUCGAGGUUGACUCGGCAGGGAGUCGGGACGUGGUUUUUCCUGGUGGGGUUGUUGUUAAAAGUGUGCCCAAUUCGAUUAAAUGUGAUAAAGGCGAGCGUACCAGGUUUCGCUCUGAUGUUCUUUCUUUCAAUCAGAUGUCGGAAAGGUUUAACCAGGAUUUAUCAUUAUCUGGCAAGAUUCCUGUGGGCUUAUUCAAUGCCAUGUUUGAGUUCAAGGGCUCCUGGCAGAAGGAUGCCACCUCUACAAAAACUCUUGCUUUGGAUGGUUGGUUCAUAACACUGUACAAUGUUGAGUUGGAAAGAACUCACUUAACUUUGUCUGAGCGUGUGAAACGAGAGGUGCCAACUACAUGGGACCCUGCUGCCCUUGCUGAGUUUAUUGAAAAAUAUGGUACGCACAUUGUUGUUGGGGUUAAAAUGGGAGGUAAAGAUGUUAUACACGUAAAGCAAUUGCAAAAUUCAAAUCUUCCGCCCAAUGAAGUACAGAAAAAUUUAAAGCAAUUAGCUGAUGAGAGGUUUUCAGAAGGUGUAAACAUUCCUGAAUAUUCAGGAAAACCAAAGGAAGAACAUUAUAUGCCCUGGGACCAGGAAGGGGUGCUUGCUGCACCAAUUAGGCCACCUGUUGUUACUUGCUCAAAGAAUAAUGAUAUUUUGAACAUUUAUAUUCGAAGGGGAGGCAUUGAUUUUGGUCAAAGCCAUAGCCAGUGGCUUUCAACUAUAUCACAGUCACCAAAUGUUAUAUCAAUGUCCUUUGUGCCGAUUACUUCCCUAUUAGGUGGUGCUCGGGGCAAUGGAUUUUUAAGCCAUGCAGUGAACUUGUACCUACGAUAUAAACCACCAAUAGAGGAACUCCAUGUAUUUCUAGAAUUUCAAUUGUUUCGACAAUGGGCUCCUGUAUUCGGUGAUCUGCCUCUCAGUCUCAAGCGCAGAAAACAAGGAUCCCCAUCACUUCAGUUCACAUUUAUGGGGCCUAAGCUUUAUGUUAAUACCUCGCGGGUUGAUACUGGAAAUCGACCUGUGACAGGAAUCCGCUUGUAUUUGGAGGGUAAGAAGAGUGAUCAUCUGGCAAUCCAUCUACAGCAUCUCUCGAGUCUUCCUACAAUCCUCCAGCUCUUAGAUGAUCACAGUUAUGAGCCUAGUGAGGAGCCAGAACGUGGGUAUCUUGAACCUGUCAAGUGGAGCAUAUUCUCACAUGUAUGCACUGCUCCUGUAGAACACAAAGGAUCCCGCUUUGAUGAUACUGCUUCCAUUGUGACCAAGGCUUGGUUUGAGGUGAAGGCUGUUGGGAUGAAGAAAGUUCUGUUCCUGAGGCUUGGAUUCUCUAUGGUGGCCUUCACUAGGAUCCGUAGAUCAGAAUGGGAUGGACCCUCAACAUUGUCACGGAAAUCAGGAGUCUUCUCAAUGUUGAUUAGCACAAGGUUCAGUUCAGGACUGAAUCCUCCUGAGAAGCCAGUCAAAGUGGAUUUAAAUUCAGCAGUUUUUCCAGGAGGUCCACCUUCACCAACUAAAGCACCAAAAAUGGCAAACUUCGUAGAUACAAAGGAGAUGGUUAGGGGGCCUGAGGACCUACCUGGAUAUUGGGUGGUUACUGGAGCCAAACUUUCUGUAGAAGGUGGCAGAAUCUCAAUCAAAGCUAAGUACUCAUUGUUAACAAUAAUGUCAGAAGAAAGCAUGAUGCUGAUGUGAGAAAAUCAGAUGAGGAAUACACAUUAUUUUUACUGCUGUAAAUCUGAUCAUGUACACCAUUUAUUGGAAAUUACCUCGAAUAGAUGGCACGAGGCCAUUCUUCUCAAUUGUGUUUGUAGGGAACCAAAGGCUUCCU